UAAAUGCAACAUUUUAAGCUUUCUUCAGCAUGCCAAAACAACAACAAUAUUAAGCACGUUGGUACGAUUUCUGGCUGAAAUGUUUGAUGCCAAAGAAUAGGUUCGUUGCCAUUUAUGACAGGUUACAUCAAUCUUGAAGAAAAGAAAAAUCAUCCUACCCACUCACGUCUUUGACAGUGACGUUGCGCUGAAACCCCAUACAAAAAGGAAAACAGUGAAAUCAUGCCUAAAAUGACAGAAUCCAUAUACACACACACAAACACACCUUCAACACCAUCUAAAAAACAAAAUAACUGAACCAUAGACCAGAUAUAUUGCAUAACGGCGCACCGUAACCUGUUUUCCAUUGCCAUAGUAACGGAGAUUUUCCACCAUUUCCAUACGCAAAUGUUGCCUGGUUCGGGGUAGUUCAAGUCCUCGCCGAUGCUCGAUGAUGCUGCACGAAUUGGGGUGUAUAUGUUUCAACAAUAACUCAACAAUAUAUUCCCAUGAAUGUCGAAGUAGGCGAAAAAGCUCCCGCUUUUUCAUGAACCUAUUGGGCGAUGAGUUGUACAUUUGUGCCAUCGGGUCGAUUUCAUUGAACCUUCGUUCACCCACAUAGAAUGAGGCUUGUGUAAACAGAAAAAAAGAAUACAUUUUGACGGCCACUCGUUUUAAUACACAAAAUUUUAAUAAUACACAUGCUUUAUCAUUCCGUUCCGUGUGUUUGGCUUACGAGUGACGUUCACCUAUUCACCUCGGUGGAUGAUUAAAAUCUUAUACGUCCGUAAGUCGGAAGGAAAAAAGGAAACAAACAAGGUGACCGUGUGCAAAAAAAAAGGAAGCAAAACAUAUUACCAUUUGUGCUCAUUUUUCCGAACCGAAACUUUAUGUUUGGGGCAAAAAGCGAAAGGGUCAUGCCGUGGUGAAUGCUGUUGCAGUUUUUUUAGUUUGUAAGAAUGAACAAUCUAUCGGUUAAACCGCAUGCCCUAUAACCGGAGGAUGAUAGAUUAGUUUUUCUGCGAUAAGCGAAGGAUAUAGCUUUACGGCGACGAUGUGCGAUUUGAAUUUAUAAUAUUUUUUUUUUCGCUCAUAAGUUUUUGGCUAAAAUUUUUUGAAACGUAUAAUUCAUCAUCCAUAAGCUAAGAGGUUCAACUUUGACUUUCUCUUCUUAUCUGUUCCAGCAUCGAAUCACAUAUCGGUUAGCUGUGCUAGAAUUUAGACUAGUGUAUCGGUGGUAUAUUUAACAUCAGAUUUCUUUUUAUUUUCUCUCCUAAUUUGCUUCUUUACAUGAUCAUUAUCGAGUACUUUCCAUUAAUGCUGCAGACCAGAAAGCAUGUUUUAUAUGUGUCAUAAAAUUUAUAUCUAAUGUUUCACGUUGUAUACACAAGUUCUGGUAUACAGCCGAACUACAGUAAAAAGUGAAAAUUAUUAGUAGAAUUUAUUAAAGCAAAAAAAACAAAACAACAUAAGCUCGUAAUGGAAGAAUCUAUAUUUCACACGAAAUGAACAACUAAACAAAACUAGCGACAAAAGAAAUUAGUUUUCUCGAUAUGCAAAGUAGAAAUAUCACGAACACAGUUGGAUUACCAAAAUUCUAUCCAAACCAAAACAAUGCUAGCGUCUAACUGAAUAAACACUCUUAUCACUAAGAAUCAAACACCUUUCCCUAACCUGUAAGCCAACGAUAAUAAAUAAUUGCGAUACGAUUAGUGGCCGAACGAAUCCUGUGAAAUGUUGACAACUUGAUAAAUUACAUUCACAGUGGUAGGAUUUUUUUUCCGAGUAAAAUUAUCUUUUUUUUUUCAUAAAACCCAAUUAACCUGAAUUAAUUUUCAAAAACAAGCCCAAUAUUCAAACAAUUUUCAAAAAUGUUUGGGCGUUGGAAUUGUUAAUAAAAAUAACUUAUGUUUCAAUUCCACCCAGAUGAAGGAUAUGGAUACGAUUAUUUAAAGUUUAAAAUUAACUACUGUUUGUGAACUAGUUUCAAUUGAUUUUCUUGAAAGAGAAACCACAACGUCUUAAUAGAAACUAAUACAUUAAAAACAAAAGCAAGCAAGAAAUCUAGAUCUAAUCGUGGUAAUACAUUUAACAAAAGCAAACCCUGCUCGUGUGUCCUGAAUGUAAAACUCAAUAUAAUUUGAGAAUAUUCCACGGGCAAUUGAUACAACAAAUCAAUUCCUAUAUAGCAAAUUAGCACACGAUGACGGGGGGAAACAAUUACUGUAAGAAACAGAGUGAAAGAAGACUUUACACAACACAACAGCACACUAAAGUGCGGAGGUAUAGCAAGGGUUUAACGAAAGGCGAAGAGAAACUUUGAUGGUGAAUGGUAAGAAGCAAACAGAAUAAAACAAAAAAACCAACAAACAAAUGAAGCUACGGAUGGUUGGCGUAGCUGAGAAGCGGAACUAACAUAGGGUAUAUAUUUUUUAGUGGAUAAUGAGGCAUUAGGGACGAAACCAAUUGUGUUAAACACGAAUAUGAAGUUUGCGAUAAGCUGAACACAAAUUAUGUACUGAGUGCAGAUACUUUACUACAAACCGUUUGGUAAAAGGAAGAGAACGUUUGCGAGAAAUCUCGUCUCGAGGUUGGAGAGUUGGAGGUAUGCGUUCAUCCAUUCGUUGAUUGUUGAGGUGCGACAUGGAAUGACGUAGCGCAAAAAAAAGGCAAAAAGCAAGUAUUAGUGAAUUGUUCUCAAAAUGUUGGAUAAUAAAAGUCGUGUUAUCGGAAAACAUAUCCAUUACUGUGUAUGCUUCAACACGGAAAAGGCAAAUCGGAAAGAAAACUAAACAUAGCGGAAGUCAUCAUUAGACGUUAAGCGAGCGCAUGAUCUUUCAAGAUCGUAAUUGAUAAUCAUGGAAAAAUAAUUAUUUCCCGAUAAGUGUCAUUCAAUAUCAUUUUCAUGCUAACUUUCGUUUCAUAACCAUUCUCCCUAACGUCUGUCAUAUACGAUACCCUUCAUCAUCAAAAUCCUUGAUCAAAGUAACCAGGGAAACGUCGCAUCUUUAAUGCCUAUUGCUGAACAGGAAAAUAAAGCAAGAAAAACCUAACCAAUUUGUGAGAAAGAAUACGUCAAAAAAGCUCCACAGGGCUGAAGAUUAUGAGCCUAAUUGCUACCUGUAUCCUCUGUCAGGCCAGAUUGCCGUGCGAAAGUUCAAAUACGUGGAUACUAGUGCAACAUUUGCUCGACAAUCAUCCGCGGGAAACGAUGCCACCGAUGCCCAAACAAAAUUCGAAACACACAACAGAAAAGUGCUCGUUGUUCUCAACACCCCGGCCGAUGGAUGAUUGCAAUGAACAACAAGAACCCAUGCCAAAUGUGUGUGCUAGCCAAGGUCACGCUAAAACUACACUUCAUCACAAUAAGAAAACUGUUUACAAAACUACUGUUGCUCAAUGGAAACCGGCGCGGUUCCGUGUGAAAUGUAAAGAGUGUGGAGGACGCUUCUAUCCAACAAUUCGCAUGGCAACGAGUCGCAUCUCUAACGGCUUUGGAGCUGCCUGUAUGCUUUCAUGUUGGCCAUUCUGUUUCCUACCCGCUUUAUUUACCACACCGAUGAAGCAUCAUCUACACUGCUCGAACUGCAACGCUUAUUUAGGCCUUUAUGAUGUUCAGAGAGAUUGCUUGCAGCAGACUUAAUGCAGAUCAGUCCAGCUAAA